GGAGGCUGGGCUUGUGAAGCGAAAGUAAAAGAAAGAAGCUGUGAAAAGUGCUGACACUUCUCCUAUUCAACGUUUCAUCUAUUCUCCAGUGUAGAAGCUUCAUCUUCAUCUCCCCGUCCUCAAGGUGAACAUGCUCCACAGCUUGAAGCCCUGUGAGCCGCGGACCGGAGGGUUCUGCUUUGAGAACAGCCGCAGGAAUGCAGUGUUAGAGUCCAGUUUGUCAGAGUUAGGCUACAAAUCUCCCAAUGCCAGAAAGACUGGGACAACUAUUGCUGGGAUUGUUUACAAGGAUGGAGUGAUCCUGGGAGCAGACACCAGGGCCACAGACGACAUGGUGGUGGCCGACAAGAACUGCAUGAAGAUUCACUACAUCGCUCCAAAGAUCUACUGCUGUGGUGCUGGCGUGGCUGCAGACGCAGAUAUAACCACACAGAUCAUGUCGUCCAACGUGGAGCUGCACAUGCUCAACACGGGGCGGCCCCCACUUGUCGCCAUGGUAACCCGACAGCUGAAACAGAUGCUGUUCAGGUACCAGGGUCACGUCGGUUCAUCUCUGAUCGUUGGAGGAGUCGACGUGACUGGUGCUCAUCUGUACAGUGUUUACCCACACGGCUCCUACGACAAGCUGCCUUUCGUCACCAUGGGCUCUGGAGCUGCAGCUGCUGUCUCUGUAUUUGAGGACAGAUUCAAACCAAACAUGGAGCUGGAAAAGGCAAAGCAGUUGGUACGAGACGCCAUCGCUGCAGGGAUUUUCUGUGACCUGGGUUCAGGCAGCAACGUGGACUUGUGUGUUAUCACCAAGGCUGGAGUGGAGUAUCUGCGCGGCUACGACAAGCCCACGAUGAAGGGCAAAAGAGAGGGACAGUACAGGUAUGAGCCCGGCACCACGGCCAUCCUGACCAAAACGGUGACCCCAUUCUCUCUGGACGUGGUCGACGAAUCUGUUCACAUCAUGGACGCUGAAUGAAACACUUCUUUUCAAUAUGUAGUAAUCCUUCGAUGUUCAAGUAAAAAAGAAGACAGCUUGUUUUUAUAUCUCUAAAGCAACAAUGACGUAAAGAAAUAGUUACGCAAUAAAAGUUUAUGUUUGUAAAAUGA